CUCUUCUAUUGAAACCUGGAGAAGGAGAGAUGCUGAAUUAUUGAUUUUGUGGUUGACUUCUUUGCGUAGCAUUGUUACAGUUUAGCAUAAUAUUAAGUACCAAUUUUUUUAAAAUAUGGAGGAACAUUCGUGGCAUUGGUUUAUCUAUAUUUUUGUAUUAAUAAGCAUUAUUAGCCAAAUCCAGUCUUCAGGAGCCACUGGUUGUUUAUCACAGUCACCACCACUUUGCUGUGCUCUGGGCUGCAAACCAGAAGGAGAAAACUGCUAUUGUGAUGAACAAUGCCAACAUUUUGGUGACUGCUGUCAAGAUUAUUUAUAUGCUUGCAAAGCAUCUACAACAGUGUCUCCUGGGAAUUCUACUUACAGCAAGAGCAGUUCAAUAUCUACAAAUUUACCAAACAGCAAUGUAGUAUCCACAAAUUCAUCCAACAGCAAUUCAGUAUCAACAAAUUCAUCCAACAGCAAUUCAGUAUCCACAAAUUCAUCCAACAGCAAUUCAGUAUCAACAAAUUCAUCCAACAGCAAUUCAGUAUCAACAAAUUCAUCCAACAGCAAUUCAGUAUCAACAAACUCAGGAAACAUUGCAGGAUCUACAUCAGCACCUUCUCAAAAUUCUACAUCCAGCAGCAACAAUUCAGUAUCUGCAAAUUUGACAAAUAUUUCAGUGACUACACAGCUGACAACUUUGUCUUCUGCAAGCACAGUAUCUACUCAAAGCAUGUCACCAUCCUCAACUAUAAACAAAAUACCAGCACCUGGCAAUAUAACUGAAAUAUCUGUUGUGAAUGUCACGACUACAUCUGUGUUUAUAUCAUGGGGAGCUCCUCCUGGCAAUCAGAUUUCCUACAGAAUACAGGUUACAGGGCCUCCAUCAUCAUCUCUGACAGUCACCACUCCUUAUGUCAGCUUGUCGGGACUGAACCCUGGCAUUGCCUAUACCAUCACAGUCACUCCUGUUGCUGCAGAUAACACAACGGGGAAUCCAGUCGCUUUGUCCAUAUUUACAAAACCAGCACAGGUACCCAUCCUGUCUGUUACUUCUGCUACAACCUCUUCGAUCUCCUUAUCAUGGGUUGCAGUACAAGGCAGCCAGAUUACGUAUAGACUACAGGCUGUUGGACCAUCUAAUUCAUCCACUACAGUAUCAACAACAAGUGCCACUUUGUCAGGACUUGUUUCUGGCUCCAGGUACAACAUCAGCAUCAUAGCAGUGGCUGCAGACAACGUAACCUCAUCAGAUGCUGCUUCUGCUACUGCAUAUACAAGUAAGUAA